AUGGCGUCAAUGGCUGUCUGUUAUUCCUUAGCUACAUUAUCUUCUACGACACCUUUGCGAUCUCACAAAAAUACCACCUCCAUUGCCAACCUCAAAUCCCAUGAAAGGACCUUACAAUCUUCACUUGUGGGUACAAAAAUAGCCAUUAGCAAAACAACAAGACCAUUGAGCAGCAGGAGGCUUGGAACAUCCAGUUCUGAGAUCACUUGCUCAGCUUCUGCUUCUCCUCUUCCUUCGGCUCUUCUCUUUGAUUGCGAUGGCGUGCUUGUCGAUACGGAGAAGGAUGGCCAUCGCAUUUCUUUCAAUGACACUUUCAAAGAGAAAGAAUUGGGUGUUACUUGGGAUGUAGAUUUGUACGGCGAGUUGCUCAAGAUUGGAGGUGGAAAGGAAAGGAUGACAGCCUAUUUUAACAAGACGGGUUGGCCAGAAAAUGCUCCGAAAAGUGAAGAAGAAAGAAAAGCAUUCGUAGCUUCACUUCACAAGAGAAAGACAGAGUUGUUUAUGGCCCUUAUUGAGAAAAAGCUGCUGCCGCUUCGGCCAGGAGUUGCAAAGCUGAUAGAUCAGGCUUUAGCAGAAGGAGUUAAAGUUGCUGUGUGCAGCACUUCCAAUGAGAAGGCGGUCUCUGCAAUAGUUACAUUCUUGCUGGGACCAGAACGGGCAGAAAAAAUCAAGAUAUUUGCAGGAGAUGUGGUUCCCCGCAAGAAGCCUGAUCCAGCCAUCUAUGUAUUGGCGGCUAACACUCUUGGUGUUGAUCCUUCAAGUUGUGUUGUGAUAGAGGACAGCGGCAUAGGCCUUGCAGCUGCCAAAGCAGCUGGAAUGAAGUGUAUAGUAACUAAGAGCGGAUACACAGCCAAUGAAGACUUUCUGAAUGCAGAUGCAGUCUUCGACUUCAUUGGAGAUCCACCAGAGGAGCGAUUUGACUUGGCAUUUUGCAGAAGCCUUCUCAAGCAGUACGUGAGCUAG